AUAUUUCUUAUUUUAGAGAUAGAUUUAGAGACAAUCCAUCAGUUUGUUAGAAGACAGUAAUCAGGGUAUAUUUAUGAGUGCAAUAACUAUUUUUUAUAGUCUAAAAAAAUAAUUUACUGCACCUUUAGCUUGCAAAACAGAGCUACUGUUAGACCUUAACAGUUAACUACAGAGCAAUGCCAGUACUCUAUUCUAAUUAAACUGGCUGAUCCACUUUGUUAAAUAGACUAAAUGGGGGGAGGCAAAAGGGCUUUCCGUCAAAAUCCUUUAAAUCCACACACAAUCAGGACAUGUUUAAUUUGAAUUUGAGUGCGCUCGACUGUUGCGUAAUCUUAAUGUUACACAAGGCUUUAAUCAUUUUCUGUUUUUAAUCCAGGCAGACUGAUUGAGAGUGCAGUGUGAAAAGAAACCAUACGAGGUCAGUAUUGCUUCAUCGAAAGAAAGUUUGGGUCGUUGUGACCUAAAGUGGAGCAACAUUUAGACCAUCGGAACUACACGAUAAUUAAAACGUACAAAUAUGACUAUUUCAUUUCAUUUGAAAAGACUAUGAAAGCUCUUAUGUGAUCAUGUGUUCAAAUACAGAAUAGGCCUAUUAUUGGAGAGAUGGUGGUGGGGAGGUGACCUGCUUUUAUUUGCUCCUGAUGAAUCCUUAUGUCAUUUACAUAUUAACUACAACUACGUCUCACUUUUAAAUGUCUCCAGUCGCCUGCUGAGAAUUAAUUGGUAACCACUGUGUGAUCCGGUGUGACUGCGCCCCUCCCCUCCCUCCCGAGGAUGCAGGACGGGUUUACGGUCCUGAGUUCUGACUCCUGACGGCACAGAGAAGCUCCGCGAUCAUCACGAGGACAGUCCAUAAUCGCGCUCUGGCAUCUGAUUUCUUUCUUUUAAUUUCUUUCUUUUUCUUCUUUUUUUUCUUGCGCCUUUUCUUCCCCCCUUAAAAAACACCCUUCUUCUCUGACAGCAUGAAGGAACUCGCUCUUUUGGGAUAAUUUCAAGUAUGGAUCGCUUCAAAUGUACAUUUCCGCGGAGCUGCAGCUGAGCUUUCGUUCAAGUCUGACUGGAUUCUCGCAGCGUGAUGGAUAUAAAUGAGUUCGCGGUGCUGAAACUUUUUGUUGUUGGGGUUUUACUCAAUGUCGGGAUGAUGAGAGGACUGUCAGCUUCCGACAGUUUCAGCACAGAGCCCACUCCCCCGCGGGUGAGGAAAGUCUGCAACGAGUCCCGUCUGCAGUGGGAGGUGGAGGUCUGUGGAGAGGGAUUCAAGGAGGACAUGACUCACAUAGAUCCACAGAACUGGUGUAACCUCACACACUUCAUCAGUGAGUACCACCUCUUCACCCUCUGCACAGAGACAAAGUCCCAGAUCGUCGACUGCUACUGGCCCAAUCCGCUGGUGGAGCGCUACAUCAUCCACAUACACAAGCACUUUUUUUCCAACUGCACCAUAGACCAGCCGGUGUGGUUGGAUCCCCCGGACGACACCCUCACCAUCCUCAUCCUCAUCCCCGUUUUCCUCACCUUGGCCAUGAUUGGCCUGGUGGUCUGGUGCAGCAAGCGGAGUGACAUCCUGGCUUAGGUCACGACUAUGGAAGAGAUGGGAGUAAUGGACUGAAUUUAACGUCCCAGUCUCUUCACUAAGUAAAUACUGUACACAACGCAGGAGCGCACAGAGGACUGUUUCUGUUCGUCAAAUUAUCCUGCAAGUGGCACUGCAAACCACCUCAACUUGUUGUAGAAAUGAAGGAACCAAUGGUAGAGCAAAGUAGUGUUUUCUUUAAUAUUUUUGUAGAUUAUAUGUACUUUUCCCACAUUUUGGAUCGUCUAUUAUUCAACUGUUCAAUGUUGAAUGUGUCCAUAUCAAGUAGAAGCUGAAGGGGAUGCGUUUUAUUGCUUUCUUCCAGAGAACGAUAAUACCGCUCUCAUGUCUGCGUGGUGAGUACAGGUGGAUGCUGGUUACCUUAGUGUAGCUCAAACAUGGAUGAAAACAAAAUCCAGUUGUGAUUAAUACAUAACACCAUAUCAUUCAGUUAAACCUAAUAAAACCACAACUUUGACACUGGAGUUUGCCUGGAUUAAGGAAGUGUGUGAGGUAGUGAGUGAUGCAUGGCCUUGUAAGUAGAGUUCUUGUGCGGAUCCGUGUGGAGUGUUUCCUGUAUUUAUGCUAAGCUAACCAGUAGAUGGCUGUAACUUUUUUAUUCUAAGACAACACAUCUGAUUCUUGACAAGAACGUAAAUAAGCAUUUCCCAAAAAGGUUGAACUGUUCCUCUGAGAUGCAGAGGAUUUUGUUUGUUUAUUUGUCAUGGGGUAAUUUGACCAGCGGGAAAAAUGACCAAAUCUUGGAUGCAUUCUUAAACCUCAUGGAUACAGAAUUUUGAUCUUGUUACAGCACUGUAUCACUUUCGAAGGCCAAAGCACUCAACAAGCAUCAAAGUCAGUGAUUGACCUCUGAACUGGUGGGACGUACGACUCCCCAAGGACAUUGCUGUUAAAUAUAUUAACAUGAUACUGUGUGAUUUGUUGGAAGAGGUAAAAAGGAAAAAGGCCAGACUGUCAUUUCAAGAGAUACAAAGUUUAUGCUUGUUGAUGACUAUCUGAAUGGACUUUAACCACUGGAAAGGAUACACUGCCCAAAGAGAAGGUGACACUGUGGGACUUGAUUUUCUUGUGUGUGUAGCUGAGCCCCAAAAGACUGUUUUAAAACAGUGUAACUUAUCAGAUACUGUUGACUAAAAUACAGCUGUUAUUCACAAACAGGGGUUCUCAAGCUAUGGACUGACGCUGAGACCUCUUAUUGUAUAGUCAUGCUCUCUGCCUGUGCUCUCUACUGUAUGUGCAUCUCCUCUCCAUCGUUGCUCAACUCUGGUGAACAUACACCACGAUGCGUCGAACUGAAUUCUUUUCGAUAGGGGUUUAAUUUAAUGUACCUGCUUCAUCUGCCUAUUUUUGGACAGUCCUCACCAGCCUCGAGUCAAACCGAGCAAAACGCUGCUUGUUUUAUUUGUCUUUAAAGCGGCAUCUCUUUGCCAGCACCUACACACUGUGUCUCACUGAAGCUGUUGUCUGUGGAAACAAAAACUUCCCUUCAUUAAAUUUCAAAUUUCUCUUGAAAAAACUGGUUCAUCAUUUAUUGUGUGAUCUUUUUAAAAAACAUUUGUGAUGGAACAGGUGAACUUAUGUUGCUUUCGGUUUAUUGACUGCUAAAAAAGCCUGUCUUUGAAGUCUUUAUUUCCUAAAUAUAUGAUGUGCAAAGUGUAGGCAUAUUUAAUGAUUUUAACACAACAAAACCCAGUGCAAACAUUUAAGUCGAUUUCUAAGAAGCCUCAGCCUCACGACUAAAUCUUCCCUCUUUAGUUUGCCUCUAAAUGUUUCUUUUAAUUGACUGUUUUAACAAUCUUUAUCCCUUUACCUUCACACGCUCUCACUGUCAAUGAUCCCAUGGUCCACAUACAUUUUCUCCUGUGAAAUAAAUCCAUCUUUAGUUGUAUCAGUCUGAGCAGAGGCUGCUCCGCCCGUCUGUGUGGCGCCA